AUGCUGCAGGACGUUGUCAAUCAUCUCCGACCAAGAGUCCGACCCCCUGUUCCCUUCGCAGGCGGGCGCGUACUAGUCGAGGCCAACGGGAUGGACGGCGAUUUGAAUCCCAAACCGCGAUGGAGUGACGACGAGCCGGAUCAGCCCCACAUCAACAUCAAACAAAGUUUGCGUACGUCUCGUUUCCUAAUAUAUCACAUUUAUCCCCACGGCGGUACUGAUCAACAGGGAACCGCGCGUUGUCAUCUUUCCAGUCACGUCGUCCCCGGGCGGACGAACUACAUCCUCCUCAUUCUCGUCCUCGCCCGCAGCACACUCGCGCUUCGCCGCCUACGACGCACCGACCUCUCCCGACGCUGGAUCAAAUAAGUUCGCGUCAUCAGCCCCUCCCUCAUCUCCGGGACACGAACAUGCCGAUCGCGUCGAUUCGCACGUGACCUCGGCGCUGCUCUCGGUCGCCGUCGGCGCAAUCGCUCGCGCCGCCUCCGCCAACUCCGAAACACGGUCUAUGCUGCAGUCACCGGCACCAGUCAUUGCUCACCCGAUUCAGUUGAUCGAGAACGACGACACUCGCCUGGUCCUCGAGCGAGGCGUCGUCAUGCAGCUUGGACGCAAGGCCAAGCGACCCACUCAACCGCGCCUCGAGACGACUUUACCUGUUCAAUUGGCGAAAUCAGCCAAGCAUGCCUCGCGGAUGCAUUGCACCCUCCGCAUCCUCCCCAGGACACGUCAAACGCCCCCUCACAAAGUCGUGGUGCAAGUGCACGUUCUGGGAAUGAACGGUAUGAAGAUCGACGGACGACUGUUCCGAAAGUCCAGCGUCGCCGUCUUGACGGUCCCCAUCGGCCACAAGCUCAAGCUCUCCCUGUGGAGCUGGCAAGGCGUCGUCCACAUCGCCGACUCUGAACUGCCCAAGCAACGCAAUGCCACAGAUAUACCGUACGCUGCUCCUCUCUCACCUGUCGCCUUGAGCGUCUACGACUCGCUCACUGACGGCGACGCAUCGAACCUUCGCCAUCGGGACGGCAGUUUUGAACUGGCGACUCCUAACGAGAAAUCACGGGGCCCCGCAUCGCCGGCUCAUUCGGACCACUCACUCUUGUCUGCGCUUCCUUCAUCACCCUCGGCCCAAGAGGAUGACGAAGUCGAGAUGGACAAUGUCGACCAAAUAAGCGCCGAAUCGACUCGAGCCGCAGCGUUGGUCGAGUCGCUCGGCCUCGACCUUCCCGGUCUGAUCGCGAGCGCGAUCGUCUUCUCCCCUCGUUCGACCGUCGACGUCGAGACAGUGGUGCAAUCGUUGCUCCGUGAGGUCGGAGGGAUGUGGGACGUGCUCGAGGACGGUAAAGGGAGUGAGGAUCUGUCCCAGGAUCGGGAAGAUCAAGCGGUCGAGGCGUGGUGGGAAGUUGUGGAGAGGGUACUGUGCCAGGAGCCUUUCUUCGGUUGCAUCGACAAUGCUGGUCUAAAGGUAAGCUCACCUACAGCCUCACGCGGUCCAAGUUUGAAUUACCGAGGAGACGAAUGGGCAUCUGAGUUAGCAGUAUCAGAGUCUUCUGAGGCAACUUUAUACUCAUCAGUUCACUCUUUUCUCCGUAGGACGCGUCGGGCCACUCACUUCAACCCUUGUUCUUCUACAUGCCCGACUCUGAUCCGUCCCGAUCCCGAGUUGCGGCACUGGAGCCAUUCGUGAAGCGUGUCCGAGGUGCCCGACAACGCCCCGCGCAGUACUUUUGGCGCAAGCCUUCCUUGCGCAAGAACAGGUGA